GUGAGGGAGGGAGUGGGGGCGACACACGCGGACCGAUUUACAUGGAGAGAAGCGACACACGGAGACAAAGGGAUAUCCAUGGCGAUUCAAUACAGCCAUCACACGUAUGUAUGGUACACAACGGCCGUCACCCCGAACAAACAUCCACACUAUCGCACCAUCCAUCCAUCCAUCCUCACGCAGCGACUGCCGUCUGCUCGGCAUAGUACCCUGGGGGCGCUCUCGCUUCGUCCACAGGGCCAGCACUAUAGUCUGUGUCACUCGAAUGAGACCUGAUAACAAAACCACACACACACACGAGGCAGAGGUCAGAAGUGCAGACACACGGCUGUGUUGUGUGGUGUGUUUGGGUAUGCCUGAAGAACGCGUCAAAGUCAUUGGUUGGGGUGCCCUGCCCCUCAUCCCUGCUGCCGAGGUCGAAAUUCCGGUUCUUGGCCGCAUCACAUACCAAGCUCUGAACCAACACCUGAGUGAACGCACCAUACGCGCACAUCACCCAUUUGGCCCUCGUCGCCCACCCACCCACCUCGGCAAGGUCAGGUCUGGACACCGACACAGUCACCCUCUCUCCCCCUCCCUCAGCUCUCCGCUGCCGCAACAGGUCAUCAUUCACACCCCACACCAGCUCACGACGGCCGCCGGGUGAGUCUACAAGAGAGCCUGGGUGGCAGAUGGUGUAGGUAAGGCCGGACGCAAUCACGUACUCCUCGGCCUUCCUCUUCCACCACAGUAUGUCGCCGCCUGUGCCGUCGCGCUUGCGGCCAACGCGAUUGAGCUCGUUUUGGGGGUCGUUCAGGUAGACGCUGAGGCCCCAACAAACAGAUAGACAGACAGACAGACGGACAGACAGGGGGUGAAUGGUGUGCGUGUUGGGAGGAGGAUGUGGCGUACCUGCAAGAGGUUCCCAUGGUGCUGCAGAGAACCACAUGCUCCACACCCACUCUCUUGGCGCUGUCAAUAAGGUUCUUUGUCCCCAGCCAAUCGACCUCCCUGCACACACACACACACACACACACACAACACACACAACACACACAACACGCCUCACAAAUGUACGACACUACGCAGCGCCUCCGUCCGCCCCUGCCGCCCGCACACCUGGGUGCCUGUCCUCUUUUAUAUCUCCACUCUGACGGCGGCUUCUGCCCUCUCCUCGAGAACAGCCGAGCCACCAGCCGCCUCAGGAGAAACCGCCUCGUCGGCACAAUCACCGCCCCCGAACAGAUAAUCAUGUACUGACACUGCGAUGACGCCAGGGACUCAUAGACCUGCCCAUGGUCCCUCACAUCCGCCACAAAGACUUGGUCUUCAGCCGCCCCAGCCUUCUUCAACCGCCUCGCCGCCCCUUUGGAGCGCACCAUUGCGACGGGGCGGAAGAUGUGAGGCUCCCGCUGCAGCCGCUUGAAGAUCAGAUGGCCUGUCCGCCCAGACGCACCAGUGAUCAGCACCUGAAAAUGCAGGCACACACAAUUCUUUUCGAUAUGCAGCCCUUGCCAUGCCAUGCCUGUCAGUGUGUAAGGAUGCAACCUGUUACCUUUGGCAGCUGUGCAGGGGCGGCCGAGAAGGCGCAUUGGGAGCUGAUGGCCCAUCGAACGGCGUCACAUAGGAGCAGCAGCUGGAGAAGGAGCCUCAUAGCAUGAGUCCUUCGUGUGAUCUGCGACCAACCAUGCAACACACACAGAGCGGAGAGAUGGGUAGAUCUUUCACUCAAUUGAUGAACUGCGUGACGGGCUGUGUACCUCCUCCCCUCCCUUCGCCCCUUU